AGUCCCAGUCUGUUACAUAAAACAGAUCCGUAGAACAGAAUUGCGCUUUAUUGGUCCAAAGUCUCUAAAGUCGUUACUUUUCGUUUGUUCUUGGGAUCUGGGUUCACUUUCUAAGAAGAAUUACACACUGUAACGAAAUAUUUUUCCUCUUUCUCGGGUUCUGAGCUCUUGUGGUACUUUCCAUGAUUGUAUUCAUUCAAUUCAAAAAUUUUCUGUGUGGAUUAAGCAGAGAAGUAGAGAACUGAUCGCUUGUUUGAGUUGAAGUUAAAUUCUUGCUGUACAACAAGUUUUUUCAAAUGCGGUUUCCACCAGAUUGAUCUUUCUGAUCUUUGAUGUUGCUUGAUGGGGUUAGUUAUACUUCUAAUUGGGUCAUCGUUUCUGAUAUUUCCAUAGUUAGGGAAUUGAAUCGUUGGGCACAAUGGCUGGUUUUUUAAGCCCUAUUGGUCUGAGAAUGGUUUUGCUUCUGGUGGGUGUUUGUCUGGUUUGUUACAUCGUGGGACCUCCAUUGUAUUGGAACUUGAUGGGGGAUUUUGCUGCUUCUCGAACUUCAUGUGCUCAAUGCAUCUGUGACUGCCCCUUGGAGCCCAUCUCCUCUAUACCAACUGGGAUUUUGAAUUACUCAUUAGCAGACUGUGGUAAACAUGAUCCUGACAUGAGUGAAGAAAUGGAGAAGGACAUCAUAGAUUUACUAUCAGAGGAAUUAAAUUUACUGAGAAAUGUGUCUUAUGAUAACAUGGAACACACCAAGGCAUCCAUACGAGAAGCAAGGAAGACAUCUUCUCAAUACCAAAAGGAAGCAGAAAAGUGCAAUACAGGUAUGGAAACAUGUGAAGAAGCGAGAGAGAAGGCUGAAGCAGCAUUCAUAGCUGAGCGUAAGCUAUCAGAAUUAUGGGAGAAACGAGCCCAUGAACGUGGGUGGAAGGAUCAGAGAAGAUCAUACUUGUAAACUGGGGGGGGGGGGGGGGGGGGGGGAGGUAUAGGAGAGCAAGUGCACUCAUGAGCAAGGCCUUUGUAAAAAUUCUUGUUAGGGGUGGCAGAUUGGCCGAAUGCCUGUAUAUUCGAGGCCUAUGGAUCGAUUUUGCACAUGUAAAGUAGCUUUGGCUUCUUUAUCUCUUAGACAUUUUAUUAUUAGACCCAGUUUCUCUCCACUCAUGGUGAAGAAAUUCAUGCACCCGAUCUGACCUUUUGAUAGGAAUGGAGAAGGUAUUUUGGACCUUGAACAAUAGCAUCACAUAACCAUUGGUGAAGGAAAACUUAAUCCUUUAUUAUUUCUCUUAUAAAUGAAAUACACCUGGUUGGACA